AUGUCUGAGACUUUCGAGUUCCAGGCUGAGAUCUCCCAGCUGCUCUCCCUCAUUAUCAAUACUGUCUACUCCAACAAGGAGAUUUUCCUGCGAGAGCUCAUCUCCAACGCCUCUGAUGCUCUCGACAAGAUUCGCUAUGAGUCCCUCUCUGAUCCCAGCAAGUUGGACUCCAACAAGGACCUCCGCAUCGACAUCAUCCCAGACAAGGAGAACAAGACCUUGACCAUCCGUGACACCGGUAUUGGUUUCACCAAAGCUGAUUUGGUCAACAACCUCGGUACCAUUGCUCGCUCUGGUACCAAGCAGUUCAUGGAGGCUCUCACCGCCGGUGCUGAUAUCUCCAUGAUUGGACAGUUCGGUGUCGGUUUCUACUCUGCUUACCUUGUUGCUGACAAGGUCACCGUUGUCUCCAAGCACAAUGACGACGAGCAGUACAUCUGGGAGUCCUCUGCCGGUGGUACCUUCACCCUGACCCAGGACACCGAGGGUGAGCCCCUCGGCCGUGGUUCCAAGAUCAUCCUCCACCUCAAGGAUGAGCAGACCGAGUAUCUCACUGAGAGCAAGGUCAAGGAGGUUGUCAAGAAGCACUCCGAGUUCAUCUCAUACCCUAUCUAUCUCCACGUCUUGAAGGAGACCGAGAAGGAGGUUCCAGAUGAGGACGCCGAGGAGGUCACCGAGGCUGAGGAGGGUGACGACAAGAAGCCAAAGGUCGAGGAAGUCGACGAUGAGGAAGAAGACAAGGAGAAGAAGAAGAAGACCAAGACUGUCAAGGAGUCCUCCAUUGAGGAAGAGGAGCUUAACAAGACCAAGCCCAUCUGGACUCGCAACCCCGCUGACAUCACCCAGGAGGAGUACGCUUCCUUCUACAAGACCUUGUCCAACGACUGGGAGGACCACCUCGCUGUCAAGCACUUCUCCGUUGAAGGUCAGCUCGAAUUCCGUGCUGUCCUCUUCGUUCCAAAGCGCCCACCAUUCGAUCUCUUCGAGAGCAAGAAGACCAAGAACAACAUCAAGCUCUAUGUCCGCCGUGUCUUCAUCACUGACGAUGCCACCGACCUCAUUCCAGAGUGGCUCAGCUUCGUCAAGGGUGUUGUCGACUCUGAGGAUCUCCCUCUCAACCUGUCUCGUGAGACUCUUCAGCAGAACAAGAUCAUGAAGGUCAUCAAGAAGAACAUCGUCAAGAAGACUCUUGAGCUCUUCAACGAGAUUGCUGAGGACCGUGAGCAGUUCGACAAGUUCUACUCUGCUUUCAGCAAGAACAUCAAGCUCGGUAUCCACGAGGAUUCUCAGAACCGUGCCACCCUUGCUAAGCUCCUUCGCUUCAACUCCACCAAGUCUGGCGAUGAGAUCACCUCCCUCACCGACUACGUCACCCGCAUGCAGCCACACCAGAAGCAGAUGUACUACAUCACUGGUGAGUCCAUCAAGGCUGUUCAGAAGUCUCCUUUCCUCGACUCUCUCAAGGAGAAGGACUUCGAGGUUCUCUACCUCGUUGACCCAAUUGAUGAGUACGCCAUGACCCAGCUCAAGGAGUUCGAUGGCAAGAAGCUCGUCGACAUCACCAAGGACUUCGAGCUCGAGGAGACCGAUGAGGAGAAGACUGCCCGUGAGGCCGAAGAGAAGGAGUUCGAGGGUCUCGCCAAGUCCCUCAAGAACGUCCUCGGUGACGCCGUUGAGAAGGUCGUCGUCUCGCACAAGCUUGUCGGUGCUCCUUGCGCCAUCCGUACCGGCCAGUUCGGCUGGUCCGCCAACAUGGAGCGUAUCAUGAAGGCUCAGGCUCUCCGUGACACCUCCAUGAGCUCCUACAUGGCCUCCAAGAAGACCUUCGAGAUCUCCCCCAAGUCUCCCAUUAUCAAGGAGCUAAAGAAGAAGGUCGAGACUGACGGUGAGAACGACCGCAACGUCAAGUCCAUCACCCAGCUCCUCUACGAGACCUCCCUCCUUGUCUCUGGAUUCACCAUCGAGGAGCCAGCUGCUUUCGCCGAGCGCAUCCACAAGCUCGUCUCCCUCGGUCUCGAUGUCGAGGAGGAGGAGACCCCAGAGGAGAAGGCUGAUACCGAGGAGGCCGCCGCCGAGCCCGCUGCCGCCAGCGCCAUGGAGGAAGUCGACUAA